AUGGGGUCAUGUAGCGGAACAGUGCCGGAAUUCGAGACUGGAGGUGUUGAGCCAGUAGGUGGCCUUAGUGGAAGUGGUGAAUGGCAUUGCGACACAUUGGAAAGCUCGCUGGAUAUUGGAAUGGAAGCGGAAGAGGAGGGAGAACCGUUGGAGGAUCGCGAUGAAGAAGAUAAUGGCAUCUCUGAACCAGUCAUGUACAGUGCCGCAGAGAUAUUGAAAAUGGAAUUCAACAACCCUAAUGAGGCGUCCCGUUUCUAUGAACAAUAUAGCCGGGCGAAGGGUUUUGCCAUGAGGCAGGGAAAGAAACUGAAAAAUAAAAAAGGGGAAAUAGUUCGGUACACGUAUUUAUGCAACAGAGAAGGUUUCAGAGACAAAAAAUGGCUAGAGAUGCAGGAUCGAAAGCGAGAGCACAAGGUUGUCACGCGAUGUGGGUGUUUGGCGGAGAUGAGGAUAAAGCCGAAAGGUGAUAGCGGGAUUUGGUAUGUUUCACGCUUCGUAGAUGACCAUAACCAUGAUCUUCUACCUGCAAAGUUUGUGCCAUACCUGCCUUCGUACCGGAAGAUUUCUGAUGUUGAUCUAGCCCAUAUGGACAGCUUGAGGCAAGUUGGAAUUUCUAUUCCAAAAAUAUAUGAGUCAAUUGCUGCGCAGGCAGGCGGAUUUAACUUUGUUCCUUUCACAAAGAGAGAUAUGUACAAUGAGGUUAGGAGACAACGUGCCUUAAGGAAUGCUGAUGUGAAUGCGGCUCUAAGGUUUUUUGAGAGAUGUGCAAGGGGGGAUGAGAAGAUGUUCUGGAGGUUUGAAGUUGGGCCAGACCAACAUAUGUGUGACCUUUUUUGGAGCGACGGGCGUAGCCAGGAUGAUUACAAGAUCUUUGGUGAUGUUCUUGCCUUUGAUGCGACAUAUGGUCGAAACAAGUACAAUUUACCAGUUGUUGUGUUUUCUGGGGUCAACCAUCACAACCAGACAUGCGUGUUUGCCACAGCCAUGGUCUCGUGUGAAUCUCAAGCGUCGUAUGUUUGGGUGUUGAGAAAGUUUUUGGAAUGCAUGGGUAGUAAAGCUCCUAAGGCGGUAAUAACUGAUGGGGAUCGAUCCAUGCGCUUAGCCAUUCAAGAAGUAUUUCCUGAAGCUCAUCAUCGGUUGUGUGCAUGGCACCUACUGAGGAAUGCAACUGUGAAUGUGUGCAAGCCGCGGUUCACAAUGCUUUUGAGAAGUUGUAUGUUGGCUGACAUAGAAGUUGAAGAGUUCGAGAAGCAAUGGGAGGCGAUGGUGGAAGAGUGCGGGGUCAGAGAAGUCGAGUGGGUUAAGGAUUUGUACAAGAAGAAGUUAUCAUGGGCCACCGCGUACAUUCGUGGGUGUUUUUUUGCCGGCCUAAGGACAACAUCCCGUUGUGAGUCAUUGCAUGCAAAGUUAGGGCGGUUUGUGGAGAGUCGGUAUGGGAUCUUGGAGUUUGUAACAAACUUCCAGCGCUGUGUGGAUUUCCUAAGAGAUAACGAGGAGGAGCUUGAUUUUCAAUCAUUGUAUGGGACCCCUGUUCUUCAGACUCAGUUCCUAGAGUUGGAAAAAUCUGGUGCAGUUAAUUACACGAGGGAAAUAUAUUUUCGUUACCAUGAGUCCUUGAAGAGAUGCGUUCGUACGACAAUUUUGGAGUGCAAGCAGAUGGAGGAAAAAUCUGUUUACGUAACACAAAAGUAUCGUAGGCCAGAGUUGAAGUGGAAUGUGGAACACGAUCACCGCACCGAUUCCUUUUACUGUACUUGUUUGAGGAUGGAGUCAUUCGGUCUACCCUGUGUUCACAUACUAGCAGUGCUGGUGCGAUUAGAUGUUGCCUCUCUUCCAAAGAGUCUUGUUCUUCAGCGGUGGUCGAAGACCGCCAAGGUUCACGUCAUGGAGCCAAGCAUUGUGGACGAGGGCGGUGAUGCAAUAGCACUUUAUAAGAGUCGAGUAGGGGUGUUCCUGCAUCAUUGUAAGAGGUUUGCUGCAGUUGCAUCUAUGAGGGACGAGGAUUUUAAAGUGUAUUUGGAGAAGGUAGUUGGGGACACAGUUGUGUUGGAAUUAAAGAAUGGGGUAGGACGAUCGGCUGUUGGGGGAACCGAUAAUUUGGAGCAAGAUGUGGUGCGUGAUCCGGUUGGUGUGCGCACAAAGGGCACUGGUCGUGGACACGAGCCAGUUGGUUCCAGAGGAAUAAAGAGACGGAAAUGCAGCACAUGUGGCGAGUUAGGGCACCGACGCACCAGGUGUCCGAAUGGGUUACCUACCGAGACUGUUGCUAUACAGGAUACCAAUCAAGAGAUGUUAUCACAGACAACAGCCACGGUGAGUCAUAUUCGUUUGAUUGGAAUUUGUGGUGGUGUUAUGAUGAUUCAAAUGGUGAUGUAUAGCUUAGUUCAUGUCGAAGCUUUCGUAGGACUUAUUUCAUUUUGUUAUGAUUCUGUGUGA